UAUCUCGAUCGAGCGACAACCAGUAAACCUCUGCUUAUAAGAGAAGGCCGCCGUCUGCUUCUCUGUUCCACACAUAUAUUGCACGAUCAUGCCUUCCUCUAAUAACGCUAUCCUCUUCAAGAAGCCUCCUACGGAAUACCCCGUCGCCGGCGAGCACCUCGAGUAUGUCGAGCGUCCUUAUGAAUUCGACGAGCUCAAGGACGGCGAGUUCAUUGCAGAGACUCUUUAUGUCUCCAUCGACCCUUACCAGCGAGGCCGCAUGCGAGCACCAGAAAAGAAGUCAUACAGCCCUCCCUUCACCAUCGGCCAGCCCAUCGUCAACCAGGGUGUCGCUCGAGUGACUGAGUCGAAGUCAGCCAAGCACAAGGUGGGUGACAUUGUCUUUGGCAUGCUUGAUUGGGCCGAGUAUACCAAGAUUGGUGCAGAGCAAGCUGCUGUUUACCGUGUCAUCGACAACAAUGGCGACAUUCCUCUCUCCAACUAUGUCUCUGCUGUCGGCAUGCCCGGCAUGACUGCCUUUUCUUCUUUCUACGAGAUUGGUAAGCCCAAGAAGGGUGAGACCAUCUACAUCAACGCUGCCUCCGGCGCCGUUGGUCAGCUUGUUGGCCAAUUGGCUAAGCGCGAAGGUCUCCGCGUUGUUGGUUCCGCCGGAAGUGACGCCAAGGUUGAGGGUCUCAUCAAGGACUCCAAGUUUGACGCUGCAUUCAACUACAAGACUGAGAGCAUCCCUGAGGCACUCAAGAAGUACUGUCCAGACGGUAUCGACAUUGUCUUUGAGAAUGUCGGCGGUGAGCAACUCGAAGCCGAGAUUGAUGCAGCCAACAACCACGCACGCUUCAUCAUGUGCGGCAUGAUCUCACAGUACAACACGCAAAAGCCGUAUGGCAUCAAGAACCUGAUGUCUGUCGUUGGCAAGCGUUUGAUUUUCCAAGGCUUCAUCGUCAGCGACUUCUGGGCCAAGUAUGCCAGUGAGUUCUACACCAAGGUCCCGCAAUGGAUCAAGAAUGGCGAAGUUCACUACCGCGAGGACAUCACUGAUGGCUUGCAGAACGGACCUCAGGCAUUCAUCAACAUGCUUAAUGGCAAGAAUCAUGGAAAGGCUAUGAUUCGCGUCAAGGCAGAGUAGGAAUAUGCUACAAGAGUAGCUUCUGGUCUCUUCGUAGAAUACGUCUUCAUGAAUCGCGUGUCUUGUUCUUGAAUGCGAGUCAUGUGGCUCGGCGUAGUCUCAGCUCAUUCACGCGAUACAACCUUCCAGUAGCAGCUGAACGCUUACAUGCCUGAGAGACCCACUGAUGUGACAAUCCUGGAAGGCACGUGGGCAAGGAUUGCAGACACCGAGGCGCAGACUUGACACGCGACCUUAUGGAAGCUUCGCUGCAUGUGGU